AUGCCGUCUGCUACCGACGCCGAUUUCGUCCGUGUUAUUCGCAUUAAAAGUGCGAAUGGCGCUGAGAAAAUGCUUGAAAUUCCUGCUAAACUCGACUUGGAGCGCCCGAAACGACCGAGAACUGUUUUUACCGACGAGCAGUUGGAGGUUAGUCGGAAUUAAAUGCCCAUUUUAACAUGUUCGUGGAUUCAUAGAAGUUGGAGAGAGCUUUCAACGAUUCCGGAUAUCUGAGUGGAGCCACGCGAGCCAAACUAGCGGAAUCGCUUGGAUUGAGUGAUAAUCAGGUGAAGGUCUGGUUCCAGAAUCGAAGAACAAAACAGAAGAAGAUAGAGUCGAAGUGAGUGGAGGGUCAGAAGGGUUUUCAACGCAUUUCCACACAGAGAACCCGUCAAAUCGUCAAUCGGAACUGUGCAAACGACUGAAGAAUACCGGAAUUUCUAUCAGAAUUUCUGGAGCGCCGCCUUUCUCACUCACAACGCCGCCAUUUCGUCAUAA